AGUCAGGGAGAAAGUCCAUCAGCAUUUCCAGAUAUCAGCAGGAUCUCCGGAAGACUGACAGGCAGCAAAGGACAGAGAGAGUGAGAGACUCAAAGAGACAGAGAAAAGACAGAAAUAGAGAGAGCAAGAAAGAGAGAAACAGAGACCAGAGAGAGGGAAAUAGAGGGAAAGAGAGAGGCAGGCAGAGCAAGAGAGAGGGGGGAAGAGAGAGAGAAAGAGAGAGACAGAGACAGAUAGAUAGACAGCGAGAAGAAAAGAGAGAGAAAAUAAGAGAUCACAAAUGGAUAUUAUGGGUCAUGAUUCCCGGAGAGGAAGGAAGAGGUUUGCGAAGGUAAAGAGUGUUGCUCCAAAGUUGAUUCCAUUUGCGGUCAGCUCGUGCCUCUACUUUGUGCUGUGGCUGCCCAUCUCCAAUCCCUCCUGGUUCAGCGCGUUGAUCAAGUGUCUCCCAACCCUGUGCUUGGCCUUCUUCAUCUUGGCGCAUAGCUGGGGAGUGGGGACGACCCACCCUCACUCCAAGAAAUUCGUCCUCGGGCUCCUCUUCUCAGCUCUUGGAGAUGUAUUCCUCACCUGGGGUGACCACGGGUUCUUCAAUCACGGCGUGCUGGCGUUCGGCAUCGGACACGUCUUCUACAUCGCGGCGCUGGGCUUGCGGCCGCUGCGGCCUGGCAUAGCCCUGCUGCUCCUGCUGCUGGGCGCCGGCCUGUAUGGCGCCAUCUACCCGUGCCUGGACACCGGCACCCUCUACGCCCUGGGCGGCUACAGCGUGGCGCUGGUGCUGAUGAGCUGGCGCGCCCUCGCCCGGGCCCGCUGCUCGGGGUACCAGCGAAGCUGGGGCGCCCUGAGCGUGGCGGUCGGCGCCGUCAUCUUCAUCAUCUCCGACUUCGUGCUGGCUGUAGACCGGUUCUGUGUCCCCCUGCCCCAUUCCCGCUUCACCGUCAUGUCCACGUACUAUCUGGCACAGAUGCUCAUCUCCUUCUCAGUACUUGACCACCCUGACCAUGACAGCCUGUGGAAGAGACAUUAGAGAUGUUACUAUGACUAGACUACUGGCUGCCGAUCAGAAUGAGUAAUAUUAAUUAAACCUUCAUACAUAGACCUCUCUCUCUCUUUCUUUGUGGGUCUUCGUACUAUAGUACAACACCGAAACAACUUUAUAAAACCCUGGA